GGGUCACCAGGCAUCAGGUCAUUUGGCUCGACAGCGGGCACCGCGUCAUCUGGCAAGGCAGUGGGCUCCGAGUCAACAGGCACGACAGUGGGCACCGGGUCAUCAGGUACCGGAUUGUCUGGCUCCGACAGCAGGCAUCGGGUCACCAGGUAUGACAGCGGGCACUGGGUCACCAGGCAUCAGGUCAUUUGGCUUGCCAGCGGGCACCGCGUCAUCUGGCAAGGCAGUGGGCACCGGGUCACCAGGCAUUGGAUCGUCUGGCUCGACAGCGGGCAUCGGGUCACCAGGCAUCAGGUCAUUUGGCUCGCCAGCGGGCACCGGUCAUCUGGCAAGGCAGUGGGCACCGAGUCACCAGGUACGACAGCGGGCUCUGAGUCAAUUGGCACGACAGCGGGCACCGGAUCAGGUACCGGAUCAUCUGGAUCAACAGCGGGCAUCGAGUCAACUGGC